GGAGGAUUUAGACGGCUAUCAGAGAUUGCAAUAUAUACCUUCUUAACACUUCGUCUGCCUGGGACUCAGUCUGUGUCUCUGUGACUCUAACAAGCUGACAACUCUCUCUGCUUGGUUAAAAUAACGUCAGGAUCCUGCAGCUAAAAUGGCAACUGAGAAAAGGCUGUCUGCGAGGCGUAAGCAUACUCUGAAGAGCUGUAUGCUGGUGGUGGCCAAUAAUUUGUUGGAGGCCGAAGCAAAUGUAAAGGCUAGUGAAAGGGAGAAGUUCCUGGCAGAGAAAUGUCCUCCUCUGGACCUGCCGUACUCCAGGGACGAGCUCCUGGAACUUUGCAAGAAACUCCACGAGCAGAUUGACAUUAGUGAGGAGGAGAGAUACUGCAUAGAGUUCAAGCUGAACAUGGUUCUCAAUGAGGUCCGAGAUCUCAACAUCAAGAUAGUGGAUCUGAGAGGAAAGUUCAAGAGACCUCGGCUGAAGAAAGUCCGUAUGUCUGCUGACGCCAUGCUGAAGGCUCUGCUGGGCUCCAAGCACACGGUCAACAUGGACCUGAGGGCCAAUCUGAAGCAGGUCAAGAAGGAGGUGAAAGAGGAGGACAAGCAGCUGCGCGAUGUUGGAGACUGGCGUAAGAACAUUGAAGACAAGUCUGAUAGGAAGAAGAUGUUUGACAGUUAGAUGUCAUCUGUCAUUGAUUGUUGGGCUUAAGAGUGAUUUUCAAUACAGAAUUCAGGUCUAAAGUCUUUGUAGCUGAAGAGGUUUGUUCCAGAAUGCUGCAUAUCCACCUUAACUUUUCAUUUUUAAUUGAACAGAUAAGGUAUGACAGCUGUAGAUGUGAUACUGAUAAAUGGUGUGUUUUUAAGCUUCUGAUUUGGUACAGUAAGUGAUAAAUGGACUGGAGGUUGACUGACCUGGGCCUUAUGUUUGACAACAUUAUGAUGAGCUUUUUAUUAAAGAGUAAGAUCCUUUUAGUUUAACCAGAAACAUCACUAUAUAUCACUACCAGACUCCAUUGACAAAAUUGCUGUUUUUGUCGAUGGAGUCUGGCAUUUUUAAGUUUAGAUUCAUCAAUUAUUCUUACGUGCUCGCUUUAAAGCUUUGGUGUUUUUAAUUUAGGUGAUUAAAAGCAGGGUAAACAUUUUUUUUUUCUUUAAACGAAUUAUGAGCAAAAAGUAAAUAUGAGUAAAUAUAUAGUGAAUCUGUAAUGUUAGCUGAGAUAGAUGAGGCCGGGUUGUUUUUUUUGGAUAUUUCACUUUGGAGCAAAACUCUUCAGUUGAAUUUAAGCUGCCUUCUGCUUUUGCCUGUAUUGACACUGUACUGUGAUGUAUUUGUAAUGUAUGUACUGAUGUCAGUUGGUGCAUGGGUAGUGAAUCAAACCUGCUUGUGUUCUGAAAAGGCUGAUCUAUACUUCUGCAUCAAAAUGUCACUGAAUCUACAACAAACCUACAGGAAGCAUGUUUCUAUUGCACAUUUUCAGCUUCUGCCAUGAAAAAACCUGAGCGGAAACACAAUAAAUUUGGAAAUUAAUUCAUUAAUUAUGAUUUAAUUACAUCAUUUCAUUGUGUUCUCUUCUGCUCCUAACAGUCACAAAACAGUAGUGGAUGGAAAAGUGCAUGAGUUCGUAUUGUCUAAUUCUGUUGAAAUUAGCCUAGUAUUUGGAUGGAAACUUGGUUACCGUGUGUCUGUGAUGUUUUACAACAUCUCUUCUGCAUCAAAAGAAAAUAAACAUAUUACGUAUAACAGAUUUUAUUAAAACAUUUCUCUUUCAGUCUGACUGAGGCAGUUGUUCGUGUCCAUGCAUGUGAUGUGCUGCAAUAAACCAAAGCAAAAUGCAGAAGUAUAUUUCAGUCUUCAGUCUGGACUAAACCGCAUCAUGUUAUCUUUUCUAAACUGUUCAAACCAAAAUGUAAUCUACUUUUCUCGUCUUGUUGCUGUCACAUUAAAUACAAAAGCUUCAUGUUCA